AUGAGCCUACAAAAGAUAAAUCAACCUCUUUCUCAUGACCAAAUCAACAAAAUUGUUGAAGGCAUCUCUGCUUUAGUCCCCGAGGUACUACAAAGUGUACUUUCGGAGACUAAAACUAUGUCAUCCCACGAUGAAUUUACUCAUCGUAAACUCUUCAUCGGAUGUCUCGGGUUUCAAACUACGUCUGAGACUCUCUAUCGAAUUUUCUCUCCCUAUGGAGAAAUCGAAGAGGCUUUUGUGGCUAUAGAUAAAUCCGGUGUAAGCAAAGAGUAUGGCUUUGUAAAUUUCAAAAAUGUAGAAAGCGCGAUAAUGGCAUUGAAAGAGCCAUAUAAAAUGAUCGAUGGUAAAAUGACCGUUACAAAAGUUGCUAAAUUGAGAACUAGAGUCGUAGAGGACGAGUCUCUACGUACUAUUUACCUGUCCAACGUGCCACGUGACAUGUUUUCAGGUAAAUUGUUGGAGUAUUUCUCGUCUUAUGGUGUGAUAGAAAAGGGUCCAUUUGGUUUCGAUAAGGAAACAGGAAAAUCAAGAGGUUACGCGAUUUUCGUGUACAAAACAAUUGAAGGUGCAAAAUCAGCAAUUUAUGAACCUAAUAAGUGUGUUGAUGGAUACUAUUUGACUUGUGAAAUGGCCAUUCCGAGGACAAUGAUGAAAAAAUCGCGGGUUGGUCCUAAUUUAAAUGUCAAUUUUGGACCCGAUUUUCAAGUCCGUUACAAUAAUUCAAGAUCAAGGUUCAAUGGCUGUGGCUCGAGGCCUGAAGUGUCACAAGUUGGUACUCAGUAUGCAUCUUAUCGGGGCAAUGGGCAAAUGUAUGCCCAUAAAUGUGAUUGUGGGCUGGGCCUAAAUCACAUGGGCUCUGGGCUUUGUUCUAAUAUGGGCUAUGCAGAUUAUAACCUUUGGGCCUCAGAAUUUCCAAGGCCCAAACCAUUAUGGUAUUGA